AUGGAGCAGUCCUUUGAGCUCGCCGAUUCCACCGACUGGAUCGAUACGCCGCUCAACCUCCUCGGACCCCUCGAGUCGUCGCUACGAUGCCAGAUCUGCAAGGACUUUUUUACCAGCCCCGUGAUCACAUCUUGCUGCCAUACCUUCUGCUCGCUUUGCAUCAGACGCUGCUUGAGCAGUGACCAUAAAUGCCCUGUAUGUCGCCAAGCAGACCAGGAACUAAAGCUGCGUCGAAACUGGACGGUGGAGGAGCUGCUGGAGAACUUCAAGAAGGCACGUCCGAGUGUGUUGGGCCUUGCGCGAAAAGAAGCUGCGCGCAUAAAAAAUGGCGGGGAUGACUCCUCGGAACCUUCGCCGAAGAAGCGUAAGGUCAAUCACCUUGAUGAGCCUGAACCCCCCGCUGCGCUCAGCCCGCGACGCGUCCGAACAAGGUCGCGUGGCGCAAAGGUUCAAGCUGAUCCUACGCAUGGGCAAGAGGAAAUUGAGGAGUCAGAUGUCGCGAUAGAACCCGAAGUUAUAGAAGAUAGUCAGGAUGAAGAUUACUCAGACGACGGGCUAGUCCCGUGCCCUAUAUGCAACCGCAGAGUUCGGCAGGACACUAUUAAUACUCAUCUUGAUACAUGCUUAGCAGGAGACUCCCCGAAACCACCGCCAGUCAAAUCAUCUACUGCUUUCGGGUACCGGCAUCCACAAGGUUCUGAAUUAAAGAAAUUAGAGAGAUUGCCAGCCAUAAAUUACAGUCUGUUCAAAGAACAUGCACUGAGAAAGAAAAUGCGCGACCUAGGCAUCUCAGAUGCCGGGCCCAAACCCCUCUUGCAGAGACGACAUACGGAAUGGAUGAACUUAUGGAAUGCCAACUGCGACUCGAAGAACCCCAAAAGCAAAUCUCAGUUGGCUCGAGAGCUUGACACUUGGGAGCGAACGCAGGGUGGUAAUGCUGUCCCGUCUGCGCCGGAGAGGAACCCCGUGACAAGUAAAGACUUCAAUGCGGCGCAGUGGUCUGCCAAUCAUAAUGAUGAGUUCAAACUCCUUAUCGCCAAUGCUCGCAAGAAAAGCGACGCACAAGUAAGGUCCACAAUACCGCGUGUGUCGGAGUCGAGUAACGCAGCUGCAGAGAUUCCUUCACCUACAGUACCCUCUCCGCACUUUGGUACUCCAGCUGCAGAUCAAAAUGACUCGACUCCAUCCGGCUGA